UCUAGACCCCUUUUCAAAUUCAACAUCCACUCUUAUUAAACCCAUAAAGCACUAAUCAAAUUCUUGUUAAUAAUCAUCAAAUCCUUAACACCUAUUUCCUUCUCUCCAUAAACACGAAACUAAAGAUUAAGACCUAGAGCAUAACGUAUGGGAACACUUGUGGGGCAUGUCGCGCCAGGUUUUGCCUUCUUUGCACUUGGUCUUUGGCACUUAUACAACAACAUAAAACUAUUUUGCCUACACCCAAACACCUUUACUUCAUCACCAUGGUUCCCAACUUCGAAGUUCAGGCACCUAGAGCUCUACUUAAUCAUGCUCUCUUCAUCAGCCUCCAUAGCCAUGGAGCUCUUUAUUGGGCCCAAGAAACAUCAACCCUUUGACUAUGAUGGCACCAUACCUUCAAACCACCUACACAACUUUGAACAUUCCUCUAUCUCUAUGUCCUUCUUAGUCUACGCUGUUUUCGCACUAGUCCUUGAUCGAGCAAGGCCUAAAGCUGUCACUAAGGGACUGACCAUACUCGCGGCAGCCUCUGCCUUUGCUCAACAACUCUUCCUCUUCCAUCAUCACUCUGCUGACCACAUGGGAAUCGAGGGACAAUACCAUAAGCUCCUCCAGCUUGUCAUCUUCGUUUCUCUCCUUACAACUCUAAUGGGUAUCGCCUUGCCUAAAAGUUUCUUGGUAAGUUUUGUGAGAUCAUCAAGCAUAGCUUUCCAAGGAGUGUGGUUUAUAGUGACGGGCUACAUGCUUUGGACACCUAGGUUGAUCCCCAAGGGGUGUUUUCUUCAUAAAGAAGAAGGGCACCAAGUGGUUAGAUGUUCAAGCGACUUAGCUUUACACAGAGCCAAGUCGCUGGUCAACAUCGAGUUUAGCUGGUUUUUUAUUGGAAUCACAAUAUUUGUCAUGUCGCUAUACUUGAUUCUUGAUGGAGUUUACGGUGAAAAUAUCGAAUACUCAAGAUUAACCACUAAAGACCAAGUUGAAGAAGAUGGUGAAAAACAAGAAGACAUGGAGUCGUUGAAGAUGAGUAAUCCAGGUUUUGUCCAGAUGGGUAAAAUCUUUGGAGAUCGAGACUAGUAAGGUCAUAAAAUCAAGGUGUUCUUUUUUAAAAUUCCAACUUGUACAAAAAUAUAUAAUCGAUUAGAACGAUAAAGUGUGACUGUAAACUUAUUAUG